GUUAUGCCACGCCCGACAGCACGCGCGUGGUACAUCUCCCUCCGACAAUUACACAUAACCAAUGUUCACACAGUGUCUAGCUAUAACACCGAACCCAACAAUCUUCUCAACCAGUUGCGCGUGCUAUCCAAUCGCGGCCACCUCCAAGAAGCGCUCUCAAUAUUCUACACCCAAACCCAAACCCAAACCCAAACCCAAGCCCAAAACCACCAAACCUAUGCGACUCUGUUCCAUGCAUGUGCUCGCCACAGAAGCCUCCAUGAAGGCAUAUCUCUACACUAUCACAUGCUUUCCCACAACCCCAAAAACCCUUUUGAUCUCUUCGUUACCAACCAUCUCAUCAACAUGUACUGCAAAUUUGGAUACGUAGACUAUGCCCACCACCUGUUCGAUGAAAUGCCUCACAGAAACCUUGUUUCUUGGACUGCUCUCAUUUCCGGGUACGCGCAGCAAGGGAGAGCGGACGAGUGUUUUCUCUUGUUUUCGAGUAUGCUGGUGGAGUAUUAUCCGAAUGAGUUUGCAGUGGCAAGUGUGCUUAGUUCUUGCUUUGGUGAGCGUGGACGGCAAGUACAUGCGCUUGCGUUGAAACUGGCUUUGGAUUCUUGUGUUUACGUUGCGAAUGCUCUUAUUACCAUGUAUAGUAAGAGUACUAGUUUUGGGUGUAUGUAUAAUGAUGAUAAGGAUGAGGCUUGGAGUUUGUUCAAGACCAUGCAGGUUCGCAACCUUGUUUCGUGGAAUUCAAUGGUGGCAGGGUUUCAAAUUCGUGGGCUUGGGACCCAAGCUAUGAAUCUUUUUACGCAAAUGCACCAUGAGGGAACUGGUUUUGAUCGUGCCACCCUUCUCAGUGUCUUUUCUUCUUUGUAUGGAAGUGAAAGCAGUGGCAAUAUACAAGUUGAUGAUGUGACGAGUAGUAGUCUCAAGUUUUGCCUUCAGUUGCAUUGUCUCACUAUCAAAACUGGGCUUAUCUCAGAAAUUGAAAUAACAACUGCAUUGGUGAAGUCUUACUUUGAUAUUGGAGGAGAUAUUGGUAACUGUUAUAGGAUUUUUAUGGAGACGAGUACUUCUCAUCGAGAUAUUGUUUCAUGGACUAGCAUUAUUACGGCACUUGCAGAACGUGACCCUGAAGAAGCUCUCUUCCUUUUCUGUCAGUUGCGUCGAGAGGACUUAAUUCCAGAUUGGUAUACUUUCUCAAUUGCCUUGAAAGCUUGUGCAGGCCUUGUGACUGAGCGGCAUGCUAUGGCAGUUCAUUCUCAAGUUAUUAAAGCUGGGUUUGAGGGUGACACUGUACUUGCAAAUGCUCUGAUCCAUGCCUAUGCUAGGUGUGGCAACAUUGCUUUGACUAAGCAAGUUUUUGAUGAAAUGGAAUUUCGUGAUUUGGUUUCUUGGAAUUCAAUGCUAAAAGCGCAUGCCUUGCAUGGAAAAGCUAGAGAAGCAUUGCAACUCUUUUGGCAAAUGAAUCUCCAACCUGAUCCUACUACCUUUGUUGCUCUCCUCUCAGCUUGCAGCCAUGCUGAACUUGUGGAUGAAGGAAUCAUAAUUUUUGACUCUAUGGUUGGAAAAUAUGGUAUUGUUCCUCAACUUGAUCACUAUGCCUGCAUGGUUGACAUUCUUGGGCGAUCAGGGCGAGUUCUUGAGGCUGCAGAACUUAUAAAUAGAAUGCCGAUGAAGCCUGAUUCUGUAGUUUGGAGCACACUCCUUGGAUCAUGUAGGAAGCAUGGUAAGGCAAGUUUGGCAAAGUUAGCAGCAGAUAAACUGAAAGAGUUGGAGCCAGGUAAUUCAUUAGGUUAUGUACAAAUGUCAAACAUAUAUUCCUCCAGUGGUAAUUUCAAUAAAGCUGUCCUAAUUAGGAAUGAAAUGAUGGGAUCUAGUGUGAGAAAGGAACCUGGAUUAAGCUGGGUUGAGAUUGGAAAUCAGGUGCAUGAAUUUGCCUCCGGAGGCCGAUGUCAUCCAGAAAGGGAGGUGAUAUUCAGGCAGCUCGAAGGAUUUGUUGGGCAGUUAAAGGAGAUAGGUUAUGUACCUGAGACAAGCUUGGCAUUGCAUGACAUAGAAGAGGAGCAGAAAGAGGAGCAAUUGUAUUGUCACAGUGAGAAGCUAGCUUUGGCAUUUGCCGUAAUGAAUGAAAGAAGUUUGUGUUAUGGUGGGAGAGUAAUAAGAAUUAAUAAGAACAUUCGAAUUUGUGUGGAUUGCCAUAACUUCAUGAAGUUAGCUUCAGAUAUGCUUAAAAAGGAGAUUGUUGUAAGAGAUGCAAACCGCUUUCAUCAUUUUAAAGGUGGGGUGUGCUCUUGCAAUGACUAUUGGUAGCGAACUAGCAUCACUGACUCAAAUUUAUGUGGUUUGCACUUGUCUUUGGCCGCAUGGUUCUUCUUUUUGAUAAGUAAAAGAAAUGGGUGCAACACAAGGACUUUCCAAGAGGUCACCCAUCCUAGUACUAAUCUUUCCCAAGCAUGCUUAACUACAUGGUUCUGAUGGGAUGUGGUGCAUUAGUACCAGUAUCAUUGAUUCUAGCAGAAAUGGAUUGAAAAGAUUCAUGUUGAGUUUCUAAAUGAUAAAAUUGGGUUUUUUGAGUGAUUGGACCAUUGUAAGACUCUUGUGGAGUUCAAUCUAUGCCUGGAGUAGACCAUUCUAUUUAUGUGGUUCAGGGGACCAAUUUUAAAUAAAUCACUUUUACUCUUACAGAAUGAGUAACAUGCCUCAAUUCUAAUGGAGCAUUUGAUCUAUUAUCUUGAAAGAAAGUCCCACAUAAUUUGACUGCCAUAGAACCAGACUUGAGAGUGCCGGAGUGGGACCUUUUGCAGGGCCUUGAGAAUUCAAGAUUACCUAAUUAUAUCGCAAUGUAGCUCACUGAAUGUAUGAUCCGGCUCUACUGUUGAAUUAGCACUAAUUAUUCAGUAUGUUUUCAGAUGCAAGGAGAGGAACUGCAAUUGGAUUUUAGAAGGGUUUCGUAAGCUGUCAAGUAUGAAAACAUCUGAUCUUGUGGUUAAUUGGUGCAACUUAUUCAAGAUGUUCAUUCUGGGGAGCGUGGGAAUGAUUUUACAGGCACUCCAUGUCCCUGUUUUUGUAAAGCUUCUGGUAGGUUUUUUUUGAUAGUCAACAGUGAAAACUUUAUUGAAAACAGAAACACUAUUACAACUGGACUAGAUGAGGUUGCUCUGAUAUGAUAACUUCUUCGAAAACAGGAGCAGCCCCCAUAACAAAACAGCCAAACAACCUGUUAUAGAGAGACCAAGACGCUAGGACAUGAGCUGCCUUGUUUGAUCCUCCAGGAGUCCAGUUGUAACUCACAUUCUUAGUCACGUUAGCUACCCUUAAGGUAUCCUGAGAUAGAACUGAGAUUCUCCACUGAUCUGCACUGCUGGGCUUGGUUAGAGCCUCCACACAAACCUUGGUGUUACUCUCAAUAACUGCAGCAGCUAUAUUGCAGCGCACAAUCUGAUGCGUUGACCAAUUAAUUGCCUCUGCUUCCUCUUGGACAGGGAUAUUGGUUUUCACAUGUUUAGUAAGGGCAAAAACCAAUGUCCCUCUCCAAUCUCUGGUGACAAUUGCUAUUCAGGACCAUUUAUUUCCAAUGGCAACUUCGCAUUUGACUUUGAUGACUCCUUGCAGUGGCUUGGACCAAAUAGAGGAUCUGGUUGAGGCUGGACCUAAAUGACUUCUUUGGCAGACUGGUGUUAUCAAAGAUUUCUGCUAGUUGAAUGAUCCUGAAGGUGUUAGACAGGAGCUUAGUCAUUUGAAGUCUUUAAAUCAAGAUGGUGUUGUUGUAGGUUGUUGGUGGGGUAUUGUUUAAAUCAAGAUGGUGUUGUUGUAGAUUGUUGGUGGGGCAUUGUUGAAGGCUGGAGUCACAGAAAUACUUAUGGUCUGGCUACAGGGAACUUCUUAGCAUCCUUCAAGAAUUCAAGCUGAAGUUGCAGGCAGCCUCACAGGAUUCAAUUGAGAUAUAGCGUAACUUCUAUAGUGUAACUUUUGAGGUUGACCAUUCAUUGCAAUUUUGGAAAGAAAGUGAUAAUCAAAAUUUUUCCAGGUGCCAAAAAGCCCUAUA